GCGCGGCGCGGGGCGGUGCGGUGACGGCGGGGGGAGGGGCGCAGUCCGCCGGGCCGUCUGAGGGAAGCAGGACCGCAGCGGCGCCGCUCAGCCCCUGUUAGUCCCCGUCAGCCGCCGCCAUGCCCGGCAUCGACAAGCUGCCCAUCGAGGAGACGCUGGAGGACAGCCCCCAGACCCGUUCUCUGCUGGGAGUAUUUGAAGAAGAUGCUGCUGCAAUUUCCAAUUACAUCAAUCAGUUAUUUCAAGCGAUGCACAGAGUAUAUGAUGCACAGAAUGAAUUAAGUGCAGCAACUCAUCUGACUUCAAAGCUUCUGAAGGAAUAUGAGAAACAGCAUUUUCCUCUAGGGGGAGAUGAUGAAGUUAUGACUUCCACUUUACAGCAAUUUUCAAAAGUGAUUGAUGAGCUCAGCUCUUGCCAUGCAGUACUUUCAACUCAACUUGCAGAUGCAAUGAUGUUUCCUAUUACUCAGUUUAAAGAAAGAGAUCUAAAAGAGAUAUUAACUCUAAAAGAAGUUUUUCAAAUUGCAAGCAAUGACCAUGAUGCUGCCAUUACCCGAUACAGUCGGUUGUCAAAAAGAAGGGAAAAUGAAAAGAUCAAGGCUGAAGUUACAGAAGAUGUAUAUACUUCAAGGAAAAAACAGCAUCAAACUAUGAUGCAUUAUUUCUGUGCGUUAAAUACUCUUCAGUACAAAAAGAAAAUUGCUAUGCUAGAACCCUUGCUAGGAUACAUGCAAGCUCAGAUAAGUUUUUUUAAAAUGGGUUCAGAAAAUCUUACUGAGCAGUUAGAAGAAUUUUUGACAAAUAUUGGCACAAGCGUACAGAAUGUUCGCAGGGAAAUGGAGUAUGAAAUAGAAAACAUGCAACAAACUAUAGAGGACUUGGAAGUAGCUAGUGAUCCACUGUAUUUGCCUGAUCCUGAUACUACGAAAUUUCCCGUUCACAGAAAUCUAACACAGAAAGCUGGCUAUCUCAACGCAAGAAAUAAGACAGGGCUGGUAUCUUCCAUUUGGGAGAGACAGUUUUACUUCACUCAAGGUGGAAAUUUGAUGAGCCAAGCAAGAGGUGAUGUAGCUGGAGGACUUGUCAUGGAUAUAGACAAUUGCUCAGUAAUGGCUGUGGACUGCGAAGACAGACGUUACUGUUUUCAGAUAACAUCUUUUGAUGGUAAAAAGUCUUCAAUCUUACAGGCAGAGAGUAAAAAAGAUUAUGAAGAGUGGAUAUGCACAAUAAACAACAUAUCUAAACAGAUAUAUCUAAGCGAAAACCCUGAGGAAAUUGCUGCACGUGUAAAUCAGUCAGCUUUAGAAGCUGUUACUCCGUCCCCUUCCUUUCAGCAGAGGCAUGAGAGCAUGCGUCCAAUUGUACAAUCUCGUCCUACUGCAGCUCGUACUAGCAGCACAGGGUCACUGGGAUCUGAAUCAGCAACUUUAUCUGCACUUCCCUUGGAUUCAUUUGUUGCCCCUGACACUCCUAUACAAUUUGACAUAAUAUCUCCAGUUAGUGAAGAUCUGCCUGGUCAAGCAAAAUCUUCAGGGCAGGCAGGCAGACGCACAAAUCCUUUUGGUGAAUCUGGAGGCUCAAAAUCUGAAACAGAAGAUUCAAUUCUUCAUCAGUUGUUUAUUGUAAGAUUUCUUGGCUCUAUGGCGGUGAAGUCUGAUGAAAGUCCAGACGUUGUUUAUGAAACAAUGCGUCAAAUACUAGCAGCUCGGGCUAUCCAUAACAUUUUCCGGAUGACAGAAUCACAUUUAUUAGUCACUUGUGACUGUUUAAAGUUAAUCGAUCCACAGACACAAGUUACAAGACUACGAUUUCCUUUGCCCAACGUAGUCUUGUAUGCUACGCACCAGGAGAAUAAGCGCCUCUUUGGAUUUGUGCUUAAAACUUCAGGAGGGAGAGUUGACAACCGCCAAACUUCCGUCUGCUAUAUAUUUGAAUCAAAUAACGAAGGGGAAAAGAUUUGUGACUCCGUUGGACUGGCAAAACAGAUAGCUUUUCAUGCAGAACUGGAUCGAAAAGCAUCAGAAAAGGCAAAAGAAAUAGAGAGAGUCAAAGAGAAACAACAAAAAGAAUUAAGUAAACAAAAACAAAUUGAAAAGGACUUAGAGGAGCAAAGCCGAUUGAUAGCUGCUUCCAGCAGAUCAAACCCAAGUGGUGGAGAAGGACAGUUUGUAGUCCUUAGUAGUAGCCAGUCAGAAGACAGCGAUUUAGGAGAAGAUGGAAAGAAGAAGAGAGAAUCUGAAACCUAAGGUUGCCUACUCUAAUUAAAGUUGGAAUCAUGGAUAUAAGUUCUACAAGAAGUGAUAUGUAAGUGGGUCUGUUGUAUUGUAUAAAAGACUUCAUGAUGUGUAGACCCUUAUAUGCCUUGAUUUUUCUUUCUCAAUUAAGUGAUUUCCACUUUCAUGUCAGUAUAAUUUCUCUUUUGUAUGCCAGAUAAAGCAUGGUGAUGCUACCAUGUUUAUUACAAAAUUGUUUUCUCAAAAAAUUCUCUGCAGUAUGGAAAAACUCUUACAUUUUUUCCCUUUUACCUGCCUGUGUAAUUGACUGCUUUUGAACCAAGACUAAAAACUUUCACUAAUCUUAAACAGUAUGGUGAAAUUUGUUCUUUACGCAAGUAUGCAGAACACCUUGCUGGAAACAAAAGUGGAUGCCUAAAUAAGGCAGUGCUAAGCUUUACAUAACUUGUUGCACAUAACUGUUCGUAGAAAGAAAAAUCCCUAUUAACAUCAGUGAGAUGUGCAAUAGUUCUAGACAGAAAGAUCAUAUAUUUUGUUUCAUAUUGCACGUCUUGAUUUUUUUUCUUUUUGGUGAAUAUAAUGCUGGAAGGCUUCUUUGAACAGGAGAGAAAAAAUACUUUGUCAGACCUAUAUAAGAGCUGAAAAGAUGCAGUUGCAUUUCGCUGCGUGAGGAAUGUAUAAAACAUUUUUUAUCAAACAGUAAGAAUAAUGUAUAUAUUCUUGUAACACAAGUGCCAUGUUCUUGGUUUUCCCCACUAUAUGUGAUAAAAAGCUGUAAGCCUUUGAGUUCACUUUUUUAUAAAAAACAUGCUUGUUGCAUGGAACAUGUUGAAUUUUAUCAUUUGAAAAAUCUCAAUCUAUAAAUGCCUUGCUACCAGUACACUAUGUUUACUGAAAAUGAGUUAAGGCUUUUAAAGUCUUUUUAUGGAGCUGUAUUUUGCAAACAGAAGUAAAAGAAUAUGCUAGUCUACAUCCUAGAGUCAAAUCCCAUAAUGAGUUUUUCAAACUAAUGUCUGUUUACACCUCUAAGCCUGAACUCCAUGGUCCAUACCCUGUGUAAUAUUUAUUUUGUAUAAUACUAAAUGUGCAUUGAUCUUUUGAUCCAGAAGAGAAGACUUGUUUGAAGUAAGAAGAAAUAUUUAUUUUUGCACUAAUUACUGUAAGUACUAAACGCCAAUGAAACAGUUGCCUCUCUAAUAGGGGCCUGAAAGUAAUAGGAAAUGUAGAAAGAAAAUAAAAUACUUAUAUUCCAAGUUGUAUUAUAAGUUAUGACUGUUUUACAGUUUAUUGCAGGGUGUUUCUGGUGUUCAGGAAUGGAAGCAAUUUUCAGAAUAUUUCCCAUCAGCUGGUGAUGGCCCAGUCCUUCAGAGCUAGAGUCGGUUGGCACUGAUAAAGUAAGUAAGGGAGGAAGCUCAGGACCUCUCUGCUAGGCAUCUGUAGGUGCAUAGAGGGGACGCUAUCCUUAACUCUCCUCGCACACAGGAGUUGUGGCUAACAGUGGCAAUCUCCUCCUGCUCUUUCUGCUGGAGAUGAAAAGUUCUAUGCAGAAACUUAACUGCAUCUGGCUCCUGUCGCAGGAGAGAGAAAGGAGCAGUGCCUGCUGCAAGAAUAAGUCUGCUUCACUGGGGCUGCUACAGCAACAGGAACUAGAGCAGCUUGCGUGAUACCACAGGCCCUAUAGCAUAUAGAAGGGACUGAGCAGCCAUGGAAGUAGUCACAAUAUUCCUGCCUUAAAAGAGGAGGUGGUCUGGGAGACUGAGCAAUGAAGAGACUUGAGGCUCUCUUCCUGAGGUGGUUAGCAGCUCCAGUUCCAGCAUGUUUCAUCCCCACUGUAGCCAGUUGCAGAAGUACCUGCUUUUGGUGUUGCCCAGUCAGGCCCAAUAGCAUCAGGCUGUGGCCAGAUUAGGCCAGCACACUGUCACAUGGACCAUACAAAUCUGAGGCUUUUUUUUAUUUAAAAAAAAAAAACAAACCUUAAAUGGCAUUUUUAUUUUGUUUGUAGUCUUGUAUUCUCAUCUCAUCUGUAAGAGACUGUUUUUAUUCUUUCGAAAAAAAAGUACAGAAAGGCAGCAGAUGCAUCUUUUCUUUUGUCUCCUUUUUGUGCCUAAAUACAGGCUUACACAUAGUUGGAUGGCAGCCAGUUUACCUCUGGAAAUUGAUCUAGUUUAUGUUUCUUUCUCUUAUGGUCUUUGUUUUUUGCACUAUUUCUGCUUUCUAUCAAUCAAAUAUCAUGCCAGCACAGCUCAAGGUUAUUGUGUCUUCCUUAAGUACAUGCUGAAGACGAAGUAAGUGUGAAACAGCUCAGGAAGAAUGUGAUUAGUGGUAUCCAGUUUCUAGAAUCUAGUCACUGGGCUGUCAGAGUAAGAUUAGCUGCAAUAGCCACCGCUCCACGGGGAAGACAGAUAAUAGGUUAGUAAUCUCACCAGAAAUCACUGCUGACAGAGAAUUGAUAUAUUUUUUCUUGACCCGUACCAUUAAUGUUUUAGACUUAAGUAUGUAACUAUGAGGAGGAAAUCAGGAGAAAAAGAUGGGACAUGAAAUAACUGUUAAGGAAUUUGUCAGAUUUAACUAUUUAUGAUUGGAAUUACUUCAGUUUUAGCUCAGGCUUUCCCAUCUAUUGCGACUAAAUCUAGUUUUCUAAAACAGUGUAGGAGUGAAUUGCAUUUCACUUGCAGUGGAUGAUUCUUCUCUCGUAACUACUGAAAAGAAGAGAAAUUAAUGAAGAGAGCAGUGCUUAACAAAAACAAUGAGAUAACAUGAAUGAAAUCAGGGUUUUUUGCUUGUUCAGGAGACUUUUGCUGGUAUAAAAUGAGUAAAAAGAUAGAAAUGCAUCCAGGAGAGUGACACAAGCUGCAGGAGCAAAUGGCAAGUCAAGAAAAAUCAGAACAUUAAAGUGGAACAGAACUAAUUUAUUGAAAAAUAUUUUUGUUAAUUAAAAAUAUGAAAUACUUAAUAUUUACUUUGAGAGUACAAUUUUUAAUGUAAAUACCUCAAGUUCUCCUGGAAGCUACUGGGGUAGAAUUUCACCGCCUAUUAUUGUAAGUACAUUACCUAUUGGUUUCUGUUCCCAUAAUUUAUUUCUCCUGAUUAAUAUUUCCUGUUACUUUUAAUUAGGGACUGAUCUUCCAGGCACUUUCAGCUGAAGCUGUAGUUUGCUUCAUGUGAACCUGGUAUUAUUUCAGAAACUAUUUUUUCAAGUAUGUAAUUUUAAAAGGACGUUGCAUAGGUCAGCAGUGUUUUUUAGGACUAAAUUAUGUUGCUAAUUCCAGUCUUAACAGUUACUGACUUUUUUUUUUCCCUUGGGUAAGGGAUAUAAAAUAUAUUACACUAUGUAGACCAUGCAGGUCUUGCCGUCAGUUGUUUCAAGCUACAUAUGUUCUUUAUGUAUAUAACGUCGUGAAUAUCAAAACAUAUAAGAAGCAUGGGCAAACUAUGGAAAUGCAUUUUAUUGCAUUACAGAUAAUACCUAGCGCUCCUUCUAUGGCCAGGAAUAUAUUUCUUGAAGUCUAAACCAGAGGACAAGUUAACAGUCAUAUGCAACUUAGCCACACAGAACUGGUAACAAGUGUGUUGUAUAAACUAACGUGGAUUUGAUAGUCUGUUAUUUCUUAAUCUUUUUAGGUUUUAAACUAUACCAAGACAACUUAAUAUCUUAACAGUCAAGUAAUGUUUAAGAGUUCAGAAAUAUUUUCCUUCUAGAAUCCAGUCAAAUUUCAUCUUUAUAUGGAUGUGAACCCACAGCUAAAAACCUAAUACUGCUAAACCAUUUAUAAAGAUGUAAUUGAUGUACAUUGAUAUAAAGAAACAAAACUGACUGUGCAUAUCUUUAAGGUGAAUUCUGAUGAAUUACAGUUGCACAGAAUGUAGGAGAAGCCACUGGAGAAAGUUUUGUUAUAUAGUCUCUUAUUAUUUCAGAAUUCACAAAUGAAAAUCUGCCUCUGAUUACUGAGUUUAGUUGAGAUAACAUCUAGUCUAAGAGCAAGAGCUGAUAUUUUAUAUUCUUUCCUUUGCUCUAUUUUAGAAAAUUUCUUGCAAGUCAAUCAGUCUCCAAGGCAUUUUUUUUUUCACCCAGGCACUAAGUUGUUUUUUUUGUCCUGCCACAGUGGUAUCUAAGUUAUUAUGACAUGAGUAAGUUGUUGUGUCAUUGUGAAUGCACUUGUAUCCCUAAUGAAGUCUAU